AUGACGUAUUUAGACAAAAUCAGUUUGAUAAAGGGUAGUAAAGCUAAGAUUAUAUUCUUAAAAUCAUCACAUAUUAUAGUUGCUCAUUGCUAUAUGGAUGGUUAUCGAUGUAGAACAAUGAAUAAAAUUCGAAGUUUCCUCAUGGGGAAAAGAGCAAUUUUAAAAGCAGUAGAUACCAAUGUCAGGGCAAGCAAGUUGUACUUAGAUGAAGAUUCAUAUCAGGAUGAUGUAUGGGGUGUUGAUAUACCAAGACUGGGGACACCACUCCUAGAGCAGACGAAGAAAAAAUCACUAUUUCCAUCUAAACAAUCACUGAUGUCUUCAAGGGAAUCCUUGUCCGAUAUGCUUUCGUCAAGCCCCACAAAGAAAAGGAUGUCCCUGUUUUCUUCCAAAGAGUCGUUGAUGUCCUCCAAAGAAUCACUGUCAAACCUUUCCACUUUAUCAGGAGUAGCUUACAGACGACAUCCAGAUGACCAAGGUUCGAGAUUUGGUCGACCUUAUUCCGUAGGUACUAGUAAAGCCUGUUAUGGUCGUUUCUCGAUGUUGCAAUUAGACGGUAUUGUAGCAAUCGACGAAGAUGCUAAAGAAGUAUCUAUAUCUCUGACCAAUUUGGAAAGGAUUGAAAGCAUUCAAAAAAGGGCCUUUGAGAUUGCCCAUAAGCGCAGAAAGUUUCAAAGAAACAGGGAAAGCAAGAAACGUCCGUUGUCAGAUGAUGAUUAUGGAUCCAGAAAAGCUAAAGUACAUAGUAUGAUACAGCUGCCAUCGGAAGAUGCUCUGUUGGUAGAACUUUCCAAAGCUCCCAUCGUUGUGACUAGAAAGUCGAGCAUACAGAAAAAAAGUUGGGAGAUCAGGCUUGAACGAAGACGGAAAAUGAAGAAAAGAAGAUCAGCGGGAUACCAAACCGACGAUAUUUUUGUGGAUGCAAAUUAUACAUAA